AUGUCCUCUUACCUCAAGCAGGGCCCAUAUGCCUGCAUGAACAGCCUGGCCCUGAGCGGGGCCGCCAUGGACCUGCUGCAUCCCUCGGUGGGCUUCCCCGGUACGUGGCCCUCUUUAUUGUCAGGCAACCCGCGCAAGCAGCGUCGUGAGCGGACCACCUUCACGCGCACGCAGCUGGACGUCUUGGAAUGUUUGUUUGCCAAGACACGGUACCCGGACAUUUUCAUGCGUGAGGAAGUGGCGCUCAAAAUCAAUCUGCCCGAGUCGCGCGUUCAGGUGUGGUUCAAGAACCGCAGGGCUAAGUGUCGUCAACAGCAGCACAGCAACAGUAGCAGUUCCAAAGCCAAACCACAGAAGAAGAAGUCGUCUCCCACCCAAGAAAGCAGUGGUUCCGAGAGCAGUGGCCAGUUCACGCCACCCGCUACUACUUCGAGCUCCUCUUCAUCAUCCUCGUCCAUCACCCUGCCCGUGUCCUCCAUCUGGAGCCCUGCGCCUAUCUCGCCAGCCCCACCACCAGAUCAUAUUGCCCCUACAAUCAAUUCUACCACUGCCUCAUGCAUGCAGCGUAAUGUGUCGUCCACGACCACCGGGGGAACGCCGUCGUACCCAGUGUCUUACAGCCAGACGGCAGCUUACAGUCAAGGUUUCCCGACCACAGCGUCCGGGUCCUACUUUGGAGGCAUGGACUGCGGCUCGUACUUGACGGCGCCCGUGCACGCCCAUCACCACACCCACCAGCUUAGCCCUAUCACAGGACAUGGCCACCACCACAUGGGCCAGACAUCAGGCCACCAUCUCCACCACCACCAUCACCACCAUCCACCGCCUCCACACCCCCACCAAGCGUACACAACCUUUAACUCGGCCGAGUGUUUGGACUACAAGGAGCAGGCCGCCGCAUCGGCCUGGAAGCUCAAUUUUAGUGCCUCGGAGUGUUUGGACUACAAGGAGCAGGCCGCAUGGCGAUUCCAGGUGCUCUGA